CCGUACCCCAUAUUUGGGUGCCUACGUAGGAGGGAACCAAGUACAUGUCCCAGUCAUUUCCAUAAUUCAUCAUAAAUUGUGCAAGGGUGCUAUAGACGCACAAAACGACCAAGAGCCACAAAUCAAGCACACAUAUCAAAAAACAAAUGAGCUCUUAUUUUGUAAACUCAUUUUGCGGUCGCUAUCCAAAUGGCCCGGACUACCAGUUACAUAAUUAUGGAGAUCACAGCUCGGUGAGCGAGCAAUACAGGGACUCCGCCAGCAUGCACUCCGGCAGGUACGGAUACGGCUACAAUGGCAUGGACCUCAGCGUCGGGCGCUCUGCUUCCACUCACUUUGGUGCCAAUGAGAGACCCCGCAGUUACCCGGCCAACACCACCUCUGCCUCGACAGAGCCCAGGUACAACCAGCCCGCGACGUCUUCCCACUCGCCUCCCCCUGACCCUCUGCCCUGCACCGCCGUGGCCGGUUCGCCUGUCAGCGAGAGUCACCACGGGGUGAAAAACUCCCUCGCCAACUCCACCAGCACUUCGUCCAAUUCCAGCAGCAACACGCACAUCAGCAGAGACGGGGUUGGCACCUCGUCUGGGACUGAGGAAGACACUCCAGCAAGCAGCGAGCAGGCAAGUGCCCCGACCGACCAAAGCACAGCCCAGCCUUCACAGCCCCAGAUCUACCCCUGGAUGCGAAAACUGCACAUAAGUCAUGACAACAUAGGGGGACCAGAAGGGAAAAGGGCUCGGACUGCUUACACCCGCUAUCAGACCCUGGAGCUCGAAAAGGAAUUUCACUUCAAUAGAUACCUGACCCGCAGAAGAAGGAUUGAAAUAGCACAUGCUCUUUGCCUCUCAGAGAGACAAAUAAAGAUCUGGUUCCAAAACAGGAGAAUGAAAUGGAAAAAGGAUAAUAAGCUGAAAAGUAUGAGCAUGGCAGCUGCAGGAGGGGCAUUCCGUCCCUAAGCGUUUGAUCAAUUAAAAGUACUGAGCAGUAUUAGCUGACCCUGCGUCGUCUCAUGUCAGUACUAAGUUGACUUUCUAAAACUUCCUUGUGUUACUUCUGUGAAGAAACCCUGUUCUUGUCGCCCUUAUUCAUCUUUUAAUCAUGAGCCUGUUUAUUACCAUUCUCUCGCGUGUAUAAGUAGAUCUGCUUUUAUCGUACAUUUCUUUGUCUUGAAUGGCUUUGUCUUGAAAAAAAUAAUAGAUGUUUUAACUUAUUUAUAUGAAGCGAGCUGUGUUACUUGAAGUAACUGUUAAAACAAAACAAAACUCAACAAAAAAGAACAAAAAGGAAAAAAAAGAAGUUAAAAAAAAAAGGAGAGAGAGAAAGGAAACCCUCCCCCGGUUUAGUACAAAUGUUAUGUGUUGCACUCAACCUGCUUAACUGUGCAUGUGUGGUCAAGUGUUAAUGUCUGUAUAGCUCCAAGCUGUUAAAAAUAUUUUUAUUCAAACUACCUAUAUAAUUCCUGUGUAAUUAAUGCUGUUGUAGAGGUGAAAUGAUGAAAUCAACUGAACUUGUCCUACGUGUAGUGAAUAGUGAAUCUGUGACGAAAACUGUGAUUCCAAGCAGUAUGUCCUUGCUGUGCCUUUGUAUAUGACUCUUUGCACGAACUCUUAGAAGUGGCUCUUAUUAAGCGCAGCUUCUGUGAUGUAUGUUUUUUGUGAACAAAGUUACAAAUAUAGUCAAAGUCUGGCUGUUUGAGCAAACUGUGAUCAGCUUUUUUUUUUUAAUUAUUAUUAUUAUUAUUUGUUUUUAA